AUGACUGAACUUCUCUGCUACCACCAGGCGAUGUGGAACAUCUUUAUGAGGCAAGCCCUGAUGGAAGAACGGCUGACUGACCACCUGCAGGGGCACAUGGACGAGAUUUAUCACCUCAAACAGAAUCUGGCCUAUGCUGAGGAGAAAAUGGCCUAUCUGUCCUAUGAGAGAACCAAGGCGAUAUGGGAGGUCCUGGAGUCUUUCAAGAGCCGAACAGCCAAGCUAGAAACUCUCCAGCAAGCCACCCAAGUGGAGACGAUGGAGUACCUCGGAAGCUGUCCCCAGGAGUUUUUGUUCAGAUUCACGAGCCUGCUUUUCUCACUGGCCGCCAUCCUCCUGGCCUUUGUCUCCACUGUGUGCACCUGCCCCUUGCCACUGGUCAGCUCACGUCUGCGCACGUGCAUCACACUGAUGCUGAUUGGGCUCGGGGCCCUGGCCUGGCAGAAGUGGCACACCAUCCCCACCGUGGACUGGCAGGCGUGGGUCCCCUCCAGGUGGAGACUGUGCUCCAGGGACUCCGGGUCACCAUCAGAGGGACCCUGA